AGAGAGAAAGAGAGAGAGAGGGGGAGACGGCCACAAGCUUCCUGCCCCUGAGACUGCUGGGCCAGCCCACGGAAGGGUCCACAGCAUGUGGGAGCUCCGGUCCAUAGCCUUCUCCAGGGCCGUGCUUGCAGAGUUCCUGGCCACACUCCUCUUCGUCUUCUUUGGCCUUGGCUCAGCCCUCAACUGGCCACAGGCCAUGCCCUCUGUCCUGCAGAUUGCCAUGGCCUUCGGCCUGGCUAUCGGCACCCUGGUACAGGCUCUGGGCCAUGUCAGUGGGGCCCACAUCAACCCCGCCGUGACUGUGGCCUGUCUGGUGGGCUGUCACGUCUCCUUUCUCCGAGCUGCCUUCUAUGUGGCUGCCCAGCUGCUGGGGGCCGUGGCAGGGGCUGCUCUACUCCACGAGAUCACACCACCCGACAUCCGAGGGGACCUGGCUGUCAACGCACUCAGCAACAGCACAACAGCUGGCCAGGCCGUGACUGUGGAGCUUUUCCUGACCCUGCAGCUGGUGCUCUGCAUCUUCGCCUCCACCGAUGAGCGCCGUGGAGACAACCUGGGCACCCCUGCCCUCUCCAUCGGCUUCUCUGUGGUCGUGGGCCACCUCCUCGGGAUCCCCUACACUGGCUGCUCCAUGAAUCCUGCCCGCUCCCUGGCUCCAGCUGUCAUCACCGGCAAGUUUGAUGACCACUGGGUCUUCUGGAUCGGACCCCUGGUGGGUGCCAUCCUGGGCUCGCUGAUCUACAACUACCUGCUGUUCCCGCCCGCCAAGACCCUGCAGGAGCGCCUGACCGUGCUCAAGGGGCUGGAGCCAGACGCCGACUGGGAGGAGCGCGAGGUGCGGCGGCGGCAGUCAGUGGAGCUGCACUCGCCGCAGAGCCCGCCGCGGAGCUGCAAGGCCUGAGCGCCCGGCCCCGAGGCCCCGGGCUCCGGGGCGCCGCCACCCCCGCCCCGAGGCGGAGGGGUCGUCCCCGCCCCGACUCUCCCCAGGUCCGAAGCUGGCCCCCAGUGCAGAGUAGCUGUUGCCAGGACGUGCGCG